AUUCAGUUUGUCUUUAUAAUAUUAAACUUAGUGCAACAAAUCAUAUUAGUUGAUACUGAGAGUAAUUAGCUGCACCUUCUUUUCGCAACUCUGUUUUUUUCAGCUCAAUAGUCUCCUUCCAUGGCGGAGUCCCGGAAAGUUGCAGUAAUCGGAGCCGGCGUAUCCGGUCUUGUGACGGCGCGUGAGCUACAAAGAGAAGGUCAUCGAGUUGUAGUAUUCGAGAAAUCGAACCAAAUUGGUGGUCUAUGGGUUUACGAUCCUCGAGUUGAGACCGAUCUACUCAGUCUCGAUCCAAACAGAGAAAUUAUUCAUAGCAGUCUUUACAAAUCUCUUCGAACAAAUCUUCCUCGACAACUCAUGAGUUUCAGCGAUUACUCUUUCGAAUGUGCAGACAAUGGGAACCGAUUGAGCUUUCCUGGGCACGAAGAAGUGUUGAAGUUUUUGAAUGAGUUCUCUGAGGAUUUUGGGAUCACUGAGUUGAUCCGAUUCAACACUGAAGUCGUACGAGUUGCGCCGGUUGAUUUUGGGGAAAAUCGUUGGGUUGUUGAGUCGAAAUCGGACGAGUUAGGUUCAGAAGAAUUGUUUGAUUCCAUAGUGAUUUGUAAUGGUCACCAUACAAUACCCAGGCUUGCAAAUAUUCCAGGUAUAAACAAUUGGCCUGGAAAACAAAUACAUAGCCACAAUUAUCGAGUUCCUGAGCCAUUUAAGGAUCAGAUUGUAGUUGUAAUUGGAGAUGGACCAAGUGGACAUGAUAUUUCCACAGAUAUUGCUACAGUAGCCAAGCAAGUUCAUCUUACAACAAGAUCUUCUGAAAUUGAAGUUUCAAAAUUGGACAAUUAUGCAAAUAUGUGGAAACAAUCAAAGAUUGAUCAUGUUGAUGAAAAUGGUGAAGUGACUUUCAUGGAUGGAUCAUCUAUAGAUGCUGAUAUCAUUCUCCAUUGUACAGGAUAUAAGUAUGAUUUCCCAUUUCUUGAAACCAAUGGAAUAGUAAGUGUAGAUGAUGAGGGACGUGCUGUUGGUCCACUAUACAAACAUGUCUUUCCUCCAAAGCUUUCUCCUUGCCUCUCUUUUGUUGGGGUACCUUAUCAGGGAAUACUCUUUCUCUUGUUUGAAUUACAAGCCAAAUGGAUUGCACAAGUUUUGUCUGGAAAUGUGAUUUUACCAUCGGAGGAAGAGAUGUUAGCUGAUGUUGAGGAUCAUAACAGGCACCUCGACAAAGCUGGCAUCCCAAAAUGUCACACACAUCGCCUUCACCCUCACCAGAUAGAGUACAUUGAUUGGUUAGCAGCUCGAGUGGAAAUGCCACCAAUUGAUGCCGGCCUAACCGAAAUGUAUUGGAGUAUUUACAAAUUUAUUGGUGAAGUUGGGUGGAGAGGUGGCUAUAGGGAUUUGUGGGACUAUUAAAAUUUGACUCAAUAUAUAUUUACACUAGUCAAAUUUCUAAUUUAUGAUACUUGAGUAA